GGUAGUACUUAUAGUUACUGUAGUUAUUGACUUAUCGACAAUGAAGAGUUCAAACAAUGACUUGUCACUUGUAUAGUUUCAACUGGAUUUAUCAAUAACAGAAAGAAUUUCAUCAUAUUGUUUUUAAAACUAUGCGAAUCUUUCAUUAAAAUGUGAGGUACAUUAGACGUUACACUUGAGGUGCCGUACAAUCGUAGUAAUAAUGGACGUGCCGGAUAGAAGACGUCGGUCACACGUAAUGACUUCAACGGCAGCUGAGGAUGGUGACUUUGUUCAGUUACGCAUUUUACGGGAACAGAAGCGUAAGACCCUCGAAGUGGUGAACCUUAUGAAACCACCACUUUUGAAACGAAAGACCGAAUCCACCAUUGAUCAAGUGGAAAAACGGAAACUUAACCUCAAGCUCUUCGACGCUAUCAACGCAGGAGACAUAGCUGAGGUCGAAGAUGUAUUGGAAAAACUGAAGAAACUCGUGCCGAUUCAAGACAUUCGCCAUCCGGACACAAAUGAAAAUGUGCUGCACGCUGCUUUGGCAAAGGACAUGACAGAGUUUGUCAAGAAAACCAUCAAUUCUGAACACGAGACUAUCGUUACGUCAUUUUAUGUUGUGAGGACAUCUAAAAUAGAGGGGAAAAGAAACCUUUUGCAUAUAGCCACAGAAAAAGGUGACAUUGAAAUGGUAAAAUACUUGCUCAGCAAAGUAAGACGACGGGAAGAGAAGUUGCAGUUUAUCAAGCAAGAGACAGUCAUUGAUAUACAAGGUCAGCGUCCACGACUGUUUUCAUGCUUACAUUUGGCAGCCUUUUAUGGUUUUUCUGACUUAAUUCGGUUAUAUCUGGAUGAGAAAAUAGACGUGAAUCAUGUAAAUUCAAAGAAGGAUACUGCUCUUCUUUGGGCCUCGAGGUGGGGACAUAUCGACACUGUCCGCCUUUUGCUAGAAAAACGAGCAGAUCCUGAUGUUAAGAAUGACAAAGGUUCUACAGCCUUGUAUUGGGCUAUACGGUACCAGUUUCCGAAAGUCGUUGACAUUCUACUGAAAAAGGGGAAAGCAGAUCCUUGCACGACGCGAAAAGUGGGACUUGUUGCACCUAUAAUAAUUGCGUCGGCCUAUGGAAAUGAAGAAAUAGUGAAAAUGCUGCUUGACCAUCCAGCUGUUGAUGUGAAUUUGAAAAUCCGUGGUGGCGAUACAGCUAUUCACAAUGCGGCCAGGGAAGGUCAUUCAGAUGUGCUAAAAGUAUUAAUUUCCAAAGGAGCAAACUUCGACGAUCAGGAUGAAGUUGGGGAUACUCCAUUGCUUCUUGCAGCCAAACAUGACUUCGUCCAUGUAGUCAAUGAGCUUUUAUUACAAGGAGCUGAUAUCAAAGCUAGGAAUCACGACGGAUGUGAUGUUUGGUACUACGCCAUUGAAAACGACAGUACCACACUUAUUCAGUCUCUGAUGGAAGAAAACUCUUUGAAUGGCAUGGCCGACAGAAACCCCUUAUGCAUUGCGGGUAGCGCUGGGCGUUGCGAUAAAAUCCAGUUCAUUCUUGACAUGAAUGUUGAUCCGGGUACUACAGACAUAGACGACAACACAUUUUUGCACCACGCAGCCAUGAACAACAAAUACGAAGUCAUUGAAAAGUUUAAUUCCAAGUUGUCGCUAAAUAUAAAGAACAAAAACGGUGACACCCCAUUGCAUAUUGCGUGCAAGAGUGGAAACGUUCAGACUAUUGACGCUUUGAUAGAUGCCAAAGCUAAAGCUGAUAUACAAAAUAGAAACGGCGAGAUCCCGCUUCACCUCGUAGCACAAUCAGAAAGAAUUACUCCAGAGACAGCCAGUCAUCUCAUUGACUACACAAUCAAGACACAUGACUGGAACAGUCUCAACGCAAGAGAUUACGCUGGAAAUAACGCCCUACAUGUCGCAUGCAAGCAUGCAACAGCUGGCGUUCUGUGGGAAUUCAGACAAAUCAAAAUCAGUGAAAGAGAUACUAACGGUUUUACCCCUUUACAUGUGGCUGUAAGGCCGGGACAGCCGGAAAUCUUACACAUGGCGUUAGAUAUAUUUGAAAAGUCAAAAAGAGAUGUCAGCAUCAACGAGCAGAGUUUUGGAGACGGGGAAACGGUUUUGCACCUUGCUGCGGACCAAGGUCAUUCAGACUGUGUUGAAAGAUUAAUUAAGCUUGGCGCGGACAUCGCAUGCGCUGACUGCAAUGGAGAUACCGUUUUGCACCGACUAAUUAAGCUUUGCGUCGACGAUGAACAGAAUACUCAUAGGCAUCUUAAAGUCCUUGAUGUUAUUAUGAAAGGUCUUGUUAGAUGGUGGUGUAUACGAAGCAUGCAACCCUAUCCAGAUAAUAAAGAUGAUGAAAUGUACAAUGAAUUCAAACGAGAGGCAUUUCAUUUUGCUGUGUACCAUUUGUACAACAAUGACGGGUUGUCAGUCCUUGAUCAGGGUUUUAAAUCGGCAAUACCGGCAAUUAUUCAACAAAUCCUAUUGAUGGAGGAUGUUACAAUGUUUGAGCAUGAUGGCUGUUCGUCGCUCAAAAUCACAUUCGAUGUUACAGGCUUAACUCCGAGGACUAACGAGGCAGAUGUAGAUGAAACUCGGAGAGAUUCUUCCAAGCUUCCUGGAGCUCUAGGGAAAAUUUCACCACUUAUUUCCUCAAAAGACGGAGAUAUAUUUGAGAAAAACAAUACCAAAACGAUAUCUUCAGAUAACGAACACAUCAAUAUCUCUGCAUUGGAAAUUCUUGUGAAAAACAAAUCAAACAAUGUAACGGCCGACAUUCUUGAUCUUCCUCCAAUAAAAGCAAUUGAAGAGUAUUACAAGUCCCUGGUUUCACUAACAUUUACAUUUCUCAUGGUUUUGCACAUAAUUUACAUGAGCCUCUUUACAUAUGUUGGAGUGGAUUUGUGUAAACAGUUAAGAGUAGAAGAAAGCAAGCUUGGUGCAUCUGAUCCGGAGACCCUCUUAAUGUACAUAGUUGUGCCACUGGAACCCGUUUUUAUCAUCCUAUACACUUUCUACACGUUAGGGAAGAAAAUGGUGCUCAAAGAGUAUGCAAGGGAAUGGAAAAUAGAACAAACGCAGGGCAUCCAUAAAGUCAGAAAGAUCGUAUCAUACCUCGUUUUCCCGGCAGUCUGUGUUUCGUAUUCGGCACUGAUAUUUGCGUGGAUUGGAACAUUUACAACGAGAUAUGCAAGACAGGACUACAUUUUAUCAAUUUCCCUGUGUGUUGGUUGGCUUUUGACGAUUUCAUUUACACGAGGAAUUCGUCCCAUUCAUUAUUUCUACAAACUGUUGCUGAAAAUGGUUCUCAGGGAUAUUACACGAUUUAUGUUUGUUUAUUUGUUUGUACUUAUGGCAUUUGGAUUUGCGUUUCACGCUUCAUUUCAAGUGUCGGACAGCGUAUCAGAAAUGUAUGCUAGCCCAGCGGAGACGCUGUUUGUUACAUUCAAUAUGAUGAUUGGGAUGGGAGAUAUUUUUGACGAAGAUUUUGAAAUUGGAAUGGCCGAAGUAGGACGAUCGUUGACUUACACGAAGAUUAUGUAUCUCUUCUACAUAAUCCUUUCAACGAUCAUCCUGUUGAAUCUACUGAUAGCCAUGAUGAGCGAUUCGUAUUCUAUGAUCCUUGCGGAGAAUGAAGUAACGUGGAGAAUCGAAUCGAUAAAUCUCGGGUUGGACAUUGAGACGAGUAUGCCAUUCGUUCGAAAACUAUUCAGGGUUAAAAUAACAAAAGGACACGAAGCUCUAAACAAACCGUGUUUGGAUAACCGAUGGACGCUUACAGUUGACGAGAGAGACUACAUAAACUGUAUGCGUACACUUCACAGUCGGCAGAUUGCAAACACCGAUUACAUGUCUAACAAACUGGAUGAAAUGAAUUCUGCAAUCAAGCAAGCAAACGAAAGGAUUGUAGCUCUUGCUGCUAAAUUUGACGAUAAUGACCAAACAAGAGGCAGACGUAAAUCGAAGAAAAAACAUUCAUUUAAGGAAAAAUUGUUUGAGAAGUAGGAUUCAUACAUUUUGAAAUUAUUUGAGCAGUGAUUAGUUUCAACCAUCAAGACUGAAGAAAAGAAUACCAAAAUAUAUAUUUCUUUCAAACUUUCAAAAUAGUUUUAGAUGCAGAGGUCAUGUAACUUUUUCAAACGUCAUAUGCUAAAAUAGAUCGUCUUUAUGAUAAUAGACGUUGCUUUUGAUUUGUUUCAUGAAUUUCGUUCGACUCAACUCUCCAAAGAAAGCAUAUUCUACAAUAUUGACAUACUCAACACUGUCUGAAAUAGUUUUUUUUUAUAUUCAUGUUAAUUACUUUGG